GAAGAGAUAUGGCAAUUGGCAAAUAGAAAAUAAAAUGGGACUAAAAAUAAUUAAUUGUUAGAAUAAAUGAAAUAAAAAUAUAUAGCAAGUGGUGUCUAAUUUUAUUUGUAAAAAAAUUAGGAACACAAAUGUGAAAUCAAUUUUUUAAUUAGAUACAUUGAUUAAGAGAUGUAGUUAAACAACACAACAGUUUGAACCAAAUGACCUUUAGUUUUUUACAGCGGACAACUCAUAACAUUUUUUUUACAGCUCACAGCUGAACCAAACGCAUCCUUGGACUACUGUUGGCUUUUAAUUUUGUUAAUAUAUUUUGGACCCAAAACUGAAUAUUUUUUUGAACCCGCAAAAGGCUUGCGUGCCAUUCAUCAGAAGGAAGAAAAGGUAGUACAUAAAAGCGGGGUCACUAGCCUAAAGCGGCCAGUGGAAACCCGCCCAUAGUGAAAAGCCUAUAGAGGCCAGAGAGGCAGAGACAAUCCACCCAACUGCAGAAAAGAGAAAGACUAACAACAGAUUAGAGAGGCAGCCGUGGCCCGUCUAAUAGUUCUCUAAGCCCCGAAGCCCCAGCCAUACACCAUAGUUUGCCUUCAUUUGAGAUGGACUGCAGGACAGUCCUCUCUUUGGGCCUAGCCCCAUUGAUAACACAAUCAUCCCGAUGCUUCCAUAGUUCCCACAUCGUGAGGAUUAUCAGGGAUUUUAGCCCUUUUCUCAUCCCUUUAGGGACUACUUUUGCUGAUCUGCACCACCAGGAUGAGAAGCUUGGCUUAUAGCUGAUAGGUUAUGAACAAACGAGAAUUACUGAUAAAAUUUUCUGUACAAGGUGUGGUCAUUUAUCAGUGGUGCUGACUUGCGAACUAUUACAAGUAUUUGUUCCUUCUCAUCCGUGGUCUCUUUUUGGAAACAAAUAAUAUCACACACUGCUGUCUCAUAAGCACACACUCUGCUGACCGAUUCUGGGUUCUGCCGUAUCACAGAAACAGCGAAUAGAUAGGCUGCAGGUGCAAGAGUUGGUACCAGUGAAGCUGAUGCAUCUUAAUUUGUUCUGACCACAUGUUUAGUAGCAGCAGCACUAUCAAAUGCUUCUUGCCAUUUAUAAUACGUAAGAAUAUGAUUUUGUAUUGCAUAUUUCUUCAGGGGACUACUGAGGAUCUGAAACGUGCAGAAGCACAACAGGACACUGUAAAACAGUAGAAGGUUUGGUACAAGUGGAGUGGCCCAUAUGUUGUGCGGAGGAGCACUGGUGAAGCCUAAGAACCCUUAUGUCGAUGGGCGUGGUCUCAAGGGAGGUGUUGUCAGCAUGCGAGAGGCUCUGCUUCAUUUGCCCGUCACUGCGGACGAGGUCCCGCCAUCCGGUCAAGCGCUACAAGAAAUUGCUUGCAGAAAUCUUCCCUCGGACACAGGAUGAAGAACCAAAUGAUCGCAAGAUAGGGAAACUGUGCGAAUAUAUUUCAAGGAAUCCUAUGCGUGUUCCAAAGAUUACAUUUUACUUAGAGCAAAAGUGCUACAAGGAAUUAAGGGCUGAGCGCUAUGGUUCAGUGAAAGUUGUUAUUGCAAUCUAUCGAAAGGUGAUAUGUUCUUGUCAGGAGCAAUUGCCACUUUUUGCCAACAGCUUGCUAACAAUUGUAGAGACAUUAUUGGAGCAAAAUAGACAGGAUGACUUGCGGAAAUUGGCAUGUCAAACACUUUUUGACUUUAUAAAUAAUCAGGUUGACAGUACUUACAUGUUCAAUUUAGAAAACCAGAUUCCUAAACUAUGUCAUCUGGCCCAAGAGAUGGGUGAAAAGGAGAAGAUAUGCAUUCUUCAUGCAGCUGGGCUACAAGCUCUUUCAUCUAUGAUUUGGUUUAUGGGUGAGCAUUCCCAUAUGUCUGCAGAGCUUGAUAAUGUUGUUUCUGCAGUUCUGGAAAAUUAUGAGAGCCCAUAUGCAAAUGCUGAUAAUGAUGCCGCUAUUGAGGAUAGACGAAUUCAGUGGGUGGAUGAAGUGCUCAAAGCUGAAGGUCAUGAACCUCCUGCUGUUACCAUUUUGACAAGGGUUCCUUCAUGGAAAGUUAUUAGAACUGUUCACGGUGAAUUAAGUUUGACAAUAGAAGAAUCAACAAGUCCAAAUUUUUGGUCAGGGAUUUGUCUACAUAACCUUGCUAGAAUAUCCAGGGAAGCAACAACAGUGCGACGAGUUCUGGAAGUUAUAUUUCGUUAUUUUGAUAAUAACAAUCUGUGGUCACCUUCUAAAGGAUUUGCACUGUGUGUCCUACUGGAUAUGCAGAUUGUCAUGGAGAAAUCUGGACAGAAUGCUCAUAUAUUGUUGUCUAUGUUAGUCAAGCAUCUUGAACACAAGAAUGUAUUGAAACAACCAGAUAUGAAUCUAGAUAUCAUUGAAGUUACUUCACGCCUUGCUGGGCACUCCAAAGCUCAGUCUUCUACAGCACUAAUGGCUUCAAUAAGUGAUAUGGUCAGGCAUAUGGGUAAAAGCAUGCAAUCCUUGGCCAGCGAUGCAGGUCCUGGAGACAACAUGGUCAAAUGGAAUAGCAGAUAUGGGAAAGCUGUAGAUGAAUGUCUUGUUCAAUUGUCUAGAAAGGUCGGUGAUGCUGGACCUAUCCUUGAUACAUUAGCUGUAGUGCUGGAAAACAUUUCAAGUUCUAUGAUUGUUGCACGGUCUACUAUCUUUGCAGCAUAUCGUACUGCUCAAAUAGUUGCAUCAUUGCCAAACUUGUCACAUCAGAGCAAAGCAUUUCCUGAGGCAUUGUUUCACCAACUGCUUUUAGCAAUGGUCUAUCCGGACUGUGGGACACAUUUAGGAGCACAUCGGAUUUUCUCUGUUGUUCUUGUUCCCUCUGCUGUCGCUCCGUGCUCAUUUUCAGACACUUCACGGACAAGGAAGAUUGAUCUCCGAAGGACAUUAUCUAGAACAACAUCAGUGUUUUCAUCUUCUGCUGCUUUGUUUGGGAAACUUAAAAGAGACAUGCUUUCAUUUCGUGAAAGUCCGCUCCAUGAUAAUACAAAGCUACUACCCAUCAGUGAGGAUGCAGAUGAGAUCAGCGCAAAUGAUGCAAAACUAUUCAAGUCACAGACUAUUCAAAGGAUGGCUAGUACAAAAGAUAUUUCUCUUCCCUCUUCCACAGAUGCAAGUACUUUGAGUGAACAAACUCCAAAUCAGGAAAAGGAUGCUGUCACCCUUAUGCUCAGUGUUCGUCAGGCAAAUCUUCUUCUUUCCUCGUUAUGGACUCAGGCACUGUCACCUGAAAAUGUUCCACGGAAUUAUGAAGCAAUUUCUCAUACUUACAGCUUGAUGCUAUUGUUUUCUAGAGCCAAGGGCUCAGGUGCCGACGUUUUGGUUGGUAGCUUUCAGCUUGCUUUUUCAUUAAGAAGUGUUUCGUUACAAGCAGGUUUUCUUCCACCUUCACGCAGGCGCUCUCUUUUUACUUUGGCAACUUCAAUGCUUGUGUUUUUCUCGAAAGCUUUCAACGUUCCAGCGCUCAUUCCAGUUGUGAAGCAUGUGUUGACAGAAAGUACAGUUGAUCCAUUUCUUUGUUUAAUAGAAGACUGUAGAUUGCAGGCUCUUGAUAGUGCUGCUCAGUCUUGCAAACUCUAUGGUUCAAAAGAAGAUGACGAUCAAGCUCUGAAAUCACUCUCGAACAUUGACAUGAAUGAACAUCAGUCAAAAGAAACAUCAGUGUCUCUUAUACUUGAUAGCUUGGAAGAUCUGUCAGAGUCAGAAUUGUCUACUAUUAGAAAACAGCUGAUUGAGGAAUUUUCAGCAGAUGACAUUUGUCUGGGAUCUCAUUUUACUGAAACACCUUCGAAAUCUGCAGCACAAAAUGGAAAACUGCACCACAAAUCUAUGGAGGUUAUUCCAUUCGGAUUUGUUUUUGAAGAUGAUACUCUCGUUGAAGCAUCUGACAGCUUAGUAGAACCUCACUUGCGACAUCUGCCAUGUAACAGCGUUCUUGAUGUUGACCGGCUUCUUAAUUCGGUUUUGGAAACAUCUCAGCAUGUUGGAAGGAUGUCAGUUUCAACAGACCAGGAUUUGCCUUUCAAGGAGGUAGCCAACCAAUGUGAAGCACUUCUGAUUGGGAAGCAGCAAAAGCUAUCUAUCUGCAUGAGUGUUCGUGAAAAAAAGGAUGGUGAAUCAUCCAUCGAGAAGUCAUCUCAGCAGGAUCCUCAAGCAUAUACGUUUCUCUGCACAGCUGAUGAACAAUGGCACCUCAAUUCCUGUAAGCUGCCAGUGCUGUGUCCCUAUGACCGGUUCCUUGCAACGUCUGGGUGCUAAGAUGAUCUCUUCUGGUACGCGGACCUUUAUAACUAUGAAUGUGUUCAGUGGACUCCUAAAAAUUGGCGGUUCCAGCUCAUGCAUGCCAAAAUAGGUGCCCUACAAACUGAUGUCCGUCGGGCCAACCCAGAUGAGCCCAUGUGUGCGUGCCAGAUGGCAUCAUUUCCAUCAUAUGUAAAUUGUUCCCUCGUUUGUAAAGGCUAGUUGAGAGCUAAAAUAUCAGAGGGGGUUGGAGGAGUUAAAAUCCAUUUCUUAUUCAAAAUUGAAUAAGGAGAUUUUAGCCCCUUUAACCCCUCCGGUUUUGUGGCUCUCAAACUAACCUUAAAUGGUUCGUCUACCAUGGGAAAUACAUGGUUGAUUCUGGCAUUUUUGAGGCCGGAGCGAAAGUUACUAUUGAAGCCCCUUCUAUAUCCAUGAGUGUGUAUAUAUGUCUAUAUGUAUAAUAUAUAUACUUUUAUAUGGAAACUUAUAAACACAUAA